AUGACUACUCCGGCACAUAUCUCCACCUCCGGCCCCGGCUCCGGCAGUGCCACGCCCGGUCCAUCGUUCAACGUCCGUGAUGAAGCGCCAGCCACUACCGAAGAGACUCCGUUGCUCGGCAGGUCCAGCUCCGGCUCAUCCCUCCGGUCCAUUACACAGAAAGAUAGUAAUUCGCGUCAUGUUGAGGAUGCUCAAACCGAUGUCCACAUCUCACUUGCCAGAGGAAUCGCCAUAGGCUUAAGCUUAUGGCUUCUCAUCUUUCUGACAGCAUGUAAUAUGUCCGGCAUGACCCUGAUUCAAGGUGCAAUCGCCGCUCAACUCGGCUCGCAAGAUUCACCCGCCAUGUGGUUCACCAGCGCCUACCUCAUCCCGAUGUCUUCUCUAGCACCUGUAGCAGGUCGUCUGGCCACUAUCUUUCCCCCCAGAACACUCAUUCUUCCCAUUGCGGCUCUAAUUGCAACUGGUAGCUUGGUCUGUGCUGUCUCAACUUCAUAUGGAGUGUUUGUUGCUGGGAGAGUCAUCGCUGGCACCGUUGCUGCUGGUGUCUUGUCACUUGCUAUAAUUAUAGCAAUUGAGCUGGCUAGUGAGAAGUCAAGGGGCCUUGUUCUCGGUUUGAUAAAUGCGGGCUUCACUGCUGGUGUUUCUUUUGGAGCGAUUGUGUUCGGAGGUUUAAUGCCAGUCAUUGGAUGGCGGCCAUUGUUCUGGGGCCAGAUACCUUUCGCCUUUGCCACAGGUUUGGGAGUCUUCGUCAGCAUACCUGCUGCGGCGGAACCACACGACACCAAGACUCCUCUCAAACAGAAGCUCGCGCGGAUAGACUAUUUAGGGGCUGGGCUUUUGACUACAUCGAUCGUACUCUUCCUGUACGCAAUUGCAGACGAGAUUCAGCUCAUACCUCUUUGUCUUGCACCCCCCAUUCUCCUGCUCUUCCUUGCAGUGGAGGUCUAUGUAGUCACAGACCCCAUCAUUCCUAUCAAGGUUCUUUCCUCGCGAGGUAUACUGUUUUCGUGCUUCGCUCAGCUGGGUCUCAUGAUCGCCCGCUGGAGUGUGCUCUUCUACGCACCCAUCUUCAUGCUGGCAGUCCGUGGCUCGUCUCCUGCGGCCGCGGGUUCGAUCCUGAUACCGACAAACAUCGGGUUUGGUCUAGGCGGCAUCCUCGUUGGGUGGCUCCAUGUUCGCCGCAGCGGUGCAUUUUGGUUACCGUCCAUCUCCGCCUUGACCAUCUUCACGAUCAGCACGUAUACACUCUCGCUCAUCAGCACUACUAGUCUUCCCCUUGCUCUGUUUCUCGUCGUCGUGUUGAUCAACGGCCUCGCGACUGGUGGGAGUGUAAACUACACCCUUGCACAUAUUUUGCAUCUGAGCCAUGAUGAUACUCGCUACAUUGCUACCAGUCUGCUGGGCACGUUCCGCGGUUCCGGUUCGAGUUUUGGUACGGCGGUUGCCGGUGGGAUAUUCUAUCGUUUGCUACGGGGAAGUCUACUAGCUGGGUUCCUUGAGCUCGACGGCGGUGAACGGUUGAGCCAUGAUCGGCAACAGUUGGUUUCCAGACUUGUCAAUACUCCAGGGCUAGUGCACGGCGGUAAUUUAAGUCGCGCCGAGCAAGAAGUAGCGAUUGAAGGUUACGCUGGGGCUACCAGAAGCGUCUGGCAAGCCAUGGCGGCGCUGGGUAUCGUUGUUAUUGUGUUUCAAGCUUUGACAGGAAAGAAAGCGCCGGCUGACAAGCGGGAGGCUGAGCAGGUCGACGAAGUAGCGGCGACGGCAGUUGUGACAGAAAACGAGGGCGUUGAGGAAGCGUGA